AUGGCAGUGCCGGCAGCCCUGAUCAGCUCCCCUUCGCCUUCGUCGACGUCGCUGAUCGGGCUCUGCGGGUUCGCCUCCGCAAGGUCGUCCUCCGCUUUGCCUCGACCCAUCGUCGCGCUCAGUCGCUCUUCUUUCUCAUCUGGUUUUGCCAAUUCUGGUUCUUUUGCCGUUUCCUCCUCUCCCUUCACGGAGAGCAACUCUUUUGAGAGGUACCAACGGGACUCCUGGCUCUACAAGGGUGCUACCCCUCCUCUUCCUGCCCCUCCUCUCGAUCCUCGGUCCUCCGGCAACAACGAAGACAGCGCUGCCGACGGCAAGGAGGACGACAUUGCCCAGCAACUGCCUGAGCUUAAGAGAUUGCUGGAGCUGCUGCGGGAGAAGAGCGGCAGUGGUGCCGGCGGGUCGCCGGUGGGCACUGUGUCACUAGUGGGGACAGGGCCUGGCGAUCCUGAACUACUGACGCUCAAGGCGGUUCGCGCCAUCGAGGGGGCCGAUCUCAUCCUGUAUGACCGCCUCGUUUCCCAUGACGUGCUUCAACUGGUCCGGCCCGAUGCCCGCCUUCUCUAUGUCGGGAAGACUGCUGGUUACCACAGUCGGACCCAGGUUAGGAAGAGCCAUUAAUCUUCUUCAUUUCUUUCCCUUCUUCCUCUAUCAGUUCCCUUGAUUGCGAGACGUCGGGAUUUCCGUCAGACCUAUGAAUUCCUACCUCCGUUUUUUUCUUUUUUCUUUUUGCGUACUAUUUGGUUCUUUAGCAUCUGUUCAGUUUUCCUAUUAUGGCGCUAUUGUUGACCUGUCUUUGACUGUCGGCGUUUGUGCAGGAGGAGAUUCAUCAGUUGCUGCUGAACUUUGCUGAGGCCGGGGCAAAUGUGGUGAGGCUAAAGGGAGGAGAUCCACUGGUGAGCUCUUCUCUAUUUCUGGCGUUUUUUUUAAUCUCGUGGGGGAGAAUUCAUUAUAGCCAUCAUUCCUCUUAUUUACCUGUUUUCAUUUUAAGAGACAUUUUCUGCAUUGCGUAUCAUAUGUUUUGGAGUGAGGUUGCUACAAAUUGUAAUCCCCUUUGAUGAGUAUGGAGUAGGAACCCCAUUUUCUAUUUCUAAUCGAGAUUUGUCAUACGCAACAUUUCUAUCCUUUUACGGAUCGUUUGCAUGUAUGCAAGCAUUAGUUCAGUGGCUGUGGAAAGGAAAUGAGAAAGUAAAAGGCCUUUGUCUUCUCCCUAAAUGGAAGCUUGUUCUCCUGCUUAUGUUGAAAGAGAAGACAUUUAUCCUCAAUUCUUCAAAACCUCUGUCCAUCCUUCUGGUUGAUGUCUGAAACAACUAAAUCUUUAGCUUAUUGAUGGAUAUUGCACAACUACCCUUUGUAGAAAAAUAGUUAUUGUUCCUCCUCAGCAAACUAAUGUUCUUCAUCUUUCUUGGCUCUACUUGAUGCUUUUGAUAUCUAGGUGCACGGAAAAGGCUUAUUUAGUGUACUGUGAAUCUAAUCGGUCCAUUCAUGUUCCAGAUAUUUGGUAGAGGUGGAGAGGAGAUAGAUUUUCUACAGCAACAGGGGAUUCGGGUCAAGGUUAUUCCAGGUACUAUAACAUGCCACUAGUAUAUUGCUGACUUUUCUUGGCUUGAAGUUUUGUUCAACAGCAGGUGAUAUGCCAUUGUUCUUGUUAAUAUUGCCCAGGAAUCACUUCUGCUUCUGGUAUAGCAGCAGAACUAGGAAUUCCAUUAACUCACAGAGGAAUUGCAAAUAGGUGAGCUAUACAUUUUCUAUAGUAAUGGACGUAAAAGUAAGUACAUUUAGAUGCUUCAGAAUCGUGCACUUGAUCUUUUUCUCCAAUCUCCAACUCUUGAUACACUUUGCCUUGCAGAAUUAUAAUCUUUUGGCAUUCUUCGAAGUAGAUUCUUUACCAUCAGAUCCUCCUGAAACUUAGUUUACCGUCUAUUAACUGUAUUUCAAUGUUAUUGGACUUACUUUUCCUUAUAUAAUAUACUUUCUUUGCAUUCUCACUAUUCAUUUGAUUCCCUUUUAAAGUUUAGGGCUUCCACAGAAUAUUGACCCAUUUAAGUUCAUUAGUGAUUGUGGCCUCUGGGUGUGGUUGAGUUUAAAAAUAUCUCUGUAUCAAAGAUUCCUACUUGUUGUACAAAGAAAGUGUGUUUAAAUUUUGAUGGAAUUAUUUAUCAUUUAUGCUGAGCAGUAAUUGACUUGCCAAUCUCAAGCUAGAUUUUUCAGAAUGAAGAGGGAAUUGAAUCUUUCAGUCUUCCGUCAAUACCUCUGCAAAAAAGUGUAGAACGGAGAUAAAAUGCCAGAGGAUGGAGAUAAUAGCACAAUGUAUCACUGGGGAAGAAGAAUGGAAAUCCUGGCAGUUUCAACACAGAAUGGAAAUCAUUAAUUUUUAUAACUCAAGAAAUGACAUCGACCAGACUUGAUCUGGGUGAGAGAGGAAAGAAAUGAGGAAAAUGAAUCGUUGAUGAUAAUCUGUUCAACAGUCAUGUAGCUAUUAUGGUGGUCUUAGAUAUGGGUCAUGAUUUCUGAAUCGUAGCCCAUUUGGAAUUUACAAUGUGUUCAACCAUCGCUUAGUUGUCUGACAGGCUCACAGAACUAGAUCCAGAAUCAUUUGGUAUGGUUAACCAUUAAGAAUUGGACUUUUGUGCUUCAAAUGACAGGUUCAUGAGCCAAGCUUGGUUGAAAUUAUAAUCUGUAAAUGCGAGGUGGGAUGCAGUUUGCUUUUUUGUCCAGUGAGGAUAGUUGAAUUUCGAAUGUUGAUCUUGUUUGGAGAUAUGGAACUCUCUUUCUGUUCCUGCAUUGUCUUUGACAUCUUCUGUCCUUUUUGUGCAGCAUUAGAUUUCUGACUGGGCAUUCGAGGAAUGGGGGAACUGAUCCUCUCUUUGUAGCAGAAAGUGCAGCUGAUCCAGAAUCAACAUUGGUUGUCUACAUGGGUUUGUCAACUCUCCCCUUCCUUGCCCCAAGAUUAAUAAGUCAUGGGCUGCUGCCGGAAACCCCAGCUGCUGCUGUGGAGCGAGGGACCACUCCUCAGCAACGUGUGGUGAGCAUCUCUCUCACAUUCUGUGUCCACAUUGUAAGAUAAGACGUUAAACUUUCGGACUAUUUAUAUUAUGAAGCACUACUGAUCCUUGCCCUCUCAGAUUAGCGACUUGUUAUUUUCAUUAAAUCUGUAAUGUUGAGAGCUAAACCACACAAUGAUAAAUGUAUGUAAAUCUGUAAUUGCAGGUUUUUGCUGAGCUGGCGGAUCUGGUGAAUGAAGUUCAAGUGGCAGGGUUAGUAUCACCGGCUCUUAUAAUUAUAGGGAAGGUGGUGGCACUCUCUCCAUUCUGGCCCAAGUUUUUUGAAGAAGUUGCCGUGAAGUCAGAGGCUCCAAGCCCUGCAGAACAGAACUGUGGCCUCAGAGUGCAGUAA